CGGCGUCACGUGACCGAGCAGAGGCCAAUCAGCGCGCCGCAGCCGGAGAGCGCUGGCUCCUCUUCACACCGAGACACACGAAGAAGAAGGAGGCGAAGCAGGAGGAAGAAACGCCGAGCGAAGCCCCGUCCAGCCCGUAAUGGCCUCCGGAUCUGACCGAGGACCGUAGCCGCUGGAUGUCCCUCCGUGUUCCGCCGGUUCCCUGCCCGCUGUGGAUUACUGCCCCCGGCUCCGGACGGGACGGAGCGGCCCAGGCCAUGGUGGCCCUAACGUAUUGAGCUAGCUGUCGGCGGGGUGGGGGGGAGGCUCGGUUCUGAUCGGCCCGGAAAUCGGUGGAUUGUUUACAGAGCUUCGAGCAGCUGGAUCAGUCGGUGGAUUAGCUGCGGUUCGGCGCGGUUCUGCGGCGGUUCGGAGCCUGUCGGGUCGGUGUCUGAGGUCGUGUUGGGAGCUAGGUAGCCCCCCACCCCCACCCCCCACCAGCUCGAUCCGGACGACCUAUCCGCCUGUUUUCUUUUUUAUUGUGGGCUCUCGGAACCCGCCUCCUCCAGAACCACCCGAAAGGUUCUGUUUGUGAUAAGAUGGAUUUUAACGGCAGCGGGGGGGCCAACGAGCUGCACAACAACCAGUUCUACCCCUGCGAGGAGAGCAAGCCGCUCCUGGGGGAGAUGUCCGAGCCCGGGAGCAACAACACCAAGGUGGGCGCGGGGCCGGGUCCAGGUCCGGGUCCGGGGCCGUGCAGGAGGAGCCCCCACCCCUGCGGCGGCAUGCGCUACAAGCUGCUGCACGAGGGGGACAUCCAGGUGUGCGUGCUGAAACACCCGCGCACCUUCCUCAGCAAGAUCCUCACCUCCAAGUUCCUGCGCAGGUGGGAGCCGCACCACCUGACGCUGACGGACAGCUGCCUGACGUCCGCCACGGCUGCUAACAGCUACCUGAGGGAUCAGUGGUUUCACUCUCUGCAGUGGAAGAAAAAGAUCUACAAGUACUGUAAGGUUCUGAACAACCCGAGUCGCUGGGACGUGGUUCUGAAGGAGAUCCGGGCGCUGGUGGACAUGGCUCUGACGUCUCCGCUGCAGGACGACUCCAUCCACCAGGCUCCUCUGCACAUCAUCUCCACCCUGCUGGCUGAGAACCUGAACCUGGGCACUCAGGACCAUGAGAACAUCAUCGUGGCCAUCGCUCCUCUGUUGGAGAACAACCACCCGCCCCCCGACCUCUGCGAGUUCUUCUGUAAGCACUGCCGGGAGCGGCCGCGGUCCAUGGUGGUGAUCGAAGUGUUCACUCCGGUGGUCCAAAGAAUCCUCAAACACAACAUGGACUUCGGGAAGUGUCCUCGGCUGCGUCUCUUCACUCAGGAGUACGUCCUGGCUCUGAACGAGCUCAACGCAGGGAUGGAGGUCGUCAAGAAGUUUGUCCACAGCAUGCACGGUCUGACGGGGCAGUGCCCCCACCCCCGAGUCCUGCCAAACCUGGUGGCCGUGUGUCUGGCUGCCAUUUACUCGUGCUACGAAGAGUUCAUCAACAG